AUGGACACUCGAAGGAAAGUGUACCACAAAACGGGUAACAACUCACAGAGAAUACAGGAGAUCCGAGAGAGCAUCAGGGUCCGAUCAAGUAAGUUCCCAAUGAGACUCCGCCCACUUUAAAGUUUUUUUAAUCAUUCAUUCAGAGAAAGUGAGUGAGAACAGUGACAAGCAAAAAGAAAGGUUUCGGAUGAAAGAGGAUGUGCAAAAACAGAUGAAAGGUGAAGAUGCUGACUGAAACAAGCUUCUAGAAAAUCAUAAUUUCAGAAGCUGAGCCAUAUCUGGCUGCGUCGUACGAAGAAAAAUGUGAGUUUCUCAACGGACUCUCAAAGACUAUUCUGGAGACGACUAUCGAAUCACUGACCGAUAACGAGUUCUUCGAAGAGAUUUGUCACUUGUCCGCAUAUUCCUUCUUGCUUAAAAUAACCAAAAAAAAUUCAGAAUGCUUAAAUUCUGCGAGACGAUCAUCCGUGUAUCCGUGCGAUGUGCUUCCAUAUAGUCAGAAAGUGUACGAUGAACGAGCGGAAUCUCGUCGUCAUUCUCACCACCCACGUCGACAUUUACAUUGUCAGAGCGAUCGACUUGCAAAUGGAGAAUCAGGCAGAACGGGUGGAAGCGUUCAAGUUGAUCAUUUGGAUGCUGAAGAUCUAUGAGAAAUCGAACUUGAAGAAGUUGAUUGACUCUUCUGCAGCCCAGAAAAACGGAAAGUAUGAAUGGGCAACAAUCGUACCAUUUCCUAUGCCUAUUUGCUUUCAGAAAGUACGCCUUCCCUAAAUCCAUCAUGCAACCCAUAAUCUCUAUCGCUCUUUCCGUUUUCGAAGGCCAACAGAACUCAGGAAGCAAAGACAAGUAAUUUGCAUCGGCUGUUUUCGCAUUCCUUUGAAAGCUUCCUGUUACAGAUUGUCCCUUCCGUGCGUCGGACUUUUCCUUGAAUUCUGUCUCACAGAGCCUGUUCUAAUUCUGGAAAUGGCUGGAACAGACUGGCUUGUGAAAGUUCUCACAGGAGUUUCGUGCAUGAGCAGACGCAUUGUCAUUCUUGUGUCACACGUCCUUAUCGCUUGGCUCGACUCGCCGACGAUUCGAAUCAAAGCGCAUCUGCAUUUGGUUAUGGAGCAGAUAUUUGCACCUCUUGUCGAGUUUGGACUCUUCCAGAAAAGAGGAAGCAUGAUUACGAGUGAUUCCGGGUAGACUCAUCCUUUUCGUCCCGGAAAAUCCUCCCAAGUUCCAGCAAUGAAAGCUUCCACAUGAACGAUUUUCUCGAGAACUUCAAGUGCUCUUUUCUUUGUCUGCUCCGUUCCUGGCCGGGACUAUUCGCGUGCGCCGCCGUCGGGCCCAACUCGAACAUCCUUCCGUCAUCUCCGUUCCGUCUCCUCGACUACCUUGGCCUCGGCACUGUGACUAACGAUAAUUUGGUAAGAAUUCGAGACACAAUCGUCGAUUUGUGCUGUGAGUUUGUCGAUGUUCCGUAUGCCAACAAGACCUUCGAGUCUUGGGAGGAAGCGCUGUUGUUUUACAGUGAGUUCUCCCUCCUUCCCGUUUCUUUUCCAAUUGUUUUUCUUCCAGAAACCAUGCACCUUCCGGACAAGUAUAAGAGCAGUCUGAAGCACGAUUUCGUCAUCGCCCAGAACGAUGCAAGACUGAAGAACGAUACGGAGAGGCGAAGCCAACUGUAAACCUCCUCGCCGCUUUCCGAGUUCUUUCCCAGUUCGUGCUCAUCAACGCUCAGUUGCCACUCUCUCUGGCCCGGCUCAUUCUCUCAAUGCCUGACUCGUCCAGUGGGCUCAAAGCCACUCUUCUGUUGGCUGACAUGCUCCGUCAAGCACCAUCCCACGUGCCUGUCGGAUGGCGUGCUCCAGUUCUCUCGAUGCCAACUCUCGUGCAAUCGGCGUGUGAGUCAUUGAGCCAGAGCCAUGCGAUCUCAGCCAUCAACGGAACUUUCGAUAUCAAUGCUGUCGUGCAGUACACGUUUCCUCAUGCCACGUGAGUUAUCCAUCUCCAAAACAAUAAGUUUCAAACAGCACAUUCCAGAAAUGCCCAGCUAGUUCUGACUCGUUUCGACAAACUGAAUCAGUCGUGGAUACGCUCCGCAUCUAACUCGUCGACAGUGCUCAAGGAAUCUGAUCUUCAACUUUUCGUCCCACACAUGUCAGAUCCCGUGCUUGUACAAGUCCCGAUGAAGAAGUCAAAGAGCGAGACAUCGUUCCGCGGAGGAGCCAGCAUAAAAAGAAACACCUCCCCGGAUAUUUACGAAGAGGAAUAUCCUGGUGAGUUCGGAGAAACUGUUCUACGAGGAAAGUACGAUAAGAACAAGUUGAUGAUGAUGGAUGAUACGGAUGACUACGACUACACACUUCCCAUUACCAGGGACACUUUUGAUGACGAAGAGGAGAACGCGAAGAAAAUGUUCGUGGAUGUGAAUGGAGUUUUUGACUGGAAUUACAUCGAAUAUUACGUAGAAAAUAUUGAGGUUAGAGUACCUGGAACGUCUUAAGAUAUCUCUUCAUUCCAGAAAGAUGGAUACGAGAAGCUUUUGAAGGAAUUCUCAUCGAACACUAUUGAGGAUCACAUUAAAAGCGUAAAUAAAGCUGAUAAAACACUCGAAUAAUAGAUAAAUUCACAGAUUUUCCACUAUCUCUCUCCAGCUGAGCAAGAAAAGCACAAACGAAGUCUCGAUCGGCAACACGUCAUAGUUGCCAGAAGCUUCAUCAGACUGCUGCUCCGAGUGUUUCCGAGCAAUGAAAGUGUCCGACAAGACUACGCUCCGAUUCUGCAGAAGUACGUGGCCAGUUUCCGAGCUGUGUUAGAAGAGGUUCGACAAGCACUCUUUCUGAUUUGAUCUGAUUCGUUACAGCGUGCCAAUCUGAACGCCUACUUCGCUCCUCGAAACCUCUCUUACAACAACUCUAUGCUCCAUUUUGCGAUCAUCGGAACGUUCACAAUGACAAGUCAGGGAUUGUCCAUUCUGAACGACGUCGGAGUGCUUCACAUGUGA